AUGGAGAUGGAAGCAAUACUAUUGCUGCUUGAAAUCUUCGACAGGGUGGGCGAUAAAAUCGUGGCCUACUUACAGGUAAUUAAUGAGGUACCGCUGAAGGAGUUUGGGUUUCAUGCGGAGCUUGACAUGGUAAGAGAAAUCUCUUGGCUCUUGAAAGACGCAGGGUUUGAUGCAGAGCCUUCACUCUGGGAUGAGAGCACCAAGUCACCCCUGAUUUUCCACCCGGACAUGUAUAUCGUUUUGUGGGAGGCCGCCGUGGUUUUGGUUCGACCACGACAAAUAAUGGUACCUUCCUCCAUACAUAUCGUUCUGGAGGUGGCAGUCUGGGUUCUACCAUAA